AUGAUUUCAUAUUUUACGCCCAUAUUUUUACCGCACAAUCUGCCCGUAUUCAUUCUUCUUCUUCUGUACUAUUUCCAGUCGGGUACUGUUAUUGUGGAAGCAAUUAGAUGUUAUUCAUGUGCUAAUGAUUUUAUCGUUUGGCAUUGGCGACAUUUCUUUUUGAAGCGGAAUUAUGGUAUUACAGCAAGUGAUCAGAGUUGUGCUAAAUCAGAUUAUACACCUGAAAUAACGCAACUUUGUCCUUCCACCUGUUUCAUCAUGUAUUUGAAUGGUACCAAUCGAGGCAAUGGAAUGAUCACUGUUCUUGGAACUGUACGUGGUUGUUCGUCGCAAUUUCUAACCAGCGAUCAACACUCGCAACUCGGUCUUGGCUCACAUUCACGUGUCUCUCAGAUCGGCAAUUAUUUGUCAUCUGAAUUUGAUAUGAGCAUUGGUGCUUCUGUGCCACUGAUCAAUGCAAUGAAAAAAGUUGCUACAGUGGAAAAUCAUAUUCCGAAUUCACGUCAAAACGACAUCAGCACUUCUUCAACAAAUAUUUUUCCACAGAUGCUUCCAAUCGAGCCACUUUAA